AACACCCGAUGGACAAGGAAAGAAAGGCAAAGGAAGAAGCUGAAGAAAGCGACUCAUUCUUUGAUGCAAGCAUAAUCAAGUUUCAAAAAUAUCAACUCGUGUCCAAGGUAACAGAACAAGAGUCAGAAAUAAAGCGGUUACGGAAACAAAACCAAGAACUUUUACUCUCGUCACGCGUGUUGUUACCAACCUUGGAAAAGUGGCGAGAAAGGCUGACCAAAGUGAUAAAACAGGAACAUACCGAAUGCAAUGAAAACCAAGUAAAAAGGAGUGAAGAACACCAAGUAUUGGUUCAAAUACAAGAAGAACUAGAGGUACUAUGGAACAAUACGCAAACCAAAAGUUACUCGAAAGUUGCAGAGACAACCGUUGAUGGCGCUGCUGUUGCAACAGAAUCUAGUAAAAUACAAAAGUUGGAAGCGGAAACGAGUCUAUUGAGAGAAGAAAUGGAAGAGUUGAAAGUGGAAAGAAGUUUUCUAGGCAGGCAGCUUGCAAGAUUGCGUUAUCAGCUGGACAACAUGGUGAGUAGUCAACAAGAAGCAGAGAAGUCUACGGCUGCUAGUGCCGCUUUGAAAAAGGAAGAAGAAGAGUCCGCAAAGACAGAAGACUCUACAAAGGAACAAGAGUUAUUAGCUCGAUGUAAGGAUGCGGAAGCUUUGGCAGACAGUCGAUUAAAGGAACUGCAAGAAGCGUUAGAAGAAAGGAAGAAGUUGGUUGUAGAGUGGGAACGUUUGAAAAGUGAACGAUUAGUGGCAACAGACGACGUAAUAACUCAAAGUGCAGUUUACUGUUCCUUGAAAGCUGCUUUUGAAAAACUACAACUGCAACAGAUAGAAUGGGAAAAAGAGAAAGACAACUUGAAAAAAGAAAAGGAAGAGUUGGAACGGGUCAUGGAGGAAAAAUAUGGCUUGCAGAUUCAGAGAUGGAAAAGAAGAGCAUCUGAGUGGAAACAGCAGUUGGAGGACGCUAUCCAUGCAAGUAAUGAAGCUAAAAGCCAAAGAGAUCAAGCGCUUAUGCGUUAUGAAGCAAAAAAAUUGGAAGCUGAAAACGAUUCUCAAAUAGAAAGUCUACGAAGAUCUCUCACAAUGUGGGAAACCAAGGGACAAUUUUUAGAGCAAGAAAAGCAACAUUUAGAGAAGCAAGUGGAGGAUUGGAAACAAAAAACUCAACGUUUGGAAGAAAAUGUUCUAAAGGAGAUUAGGGAUAGAAAACUUGUAUCUAACGAAAUUGUUGAACAGCUUCGACAUGAAAUCGAAGACGAAAGGAAAAAGUCGGAUGAGUUGAUUGGUGAAAUAGAGUCGUUAUCCAACAUGUUUCGUGACGUGGAAGAUAGUAAUCGUAAUUAUAUGAAUCAGUUGAUGGAGAAGGACGAACAGAUAUCGAAGCUAUCAACCGAACGUUUAAAGCAACGUCAGCAAAUCAUCAGUUUGACGGAGUAUAAGAAGACUAUGCAAGUAAAAGCGAAAUCAGAUGAAGAAAGAAUAGCAGCAUUAGAAAAUUCUGUUCAGGCUGCAAAGAGACAUGGAGUCGAAAUUCAGAAUGUAAAUAACAAAUUGAAUGAGGAACUUCGAACGCUGAGUGCCGAAGUAGACAGACUUCGGAAGGUUUCUGAAGAACUAGGAACCAAGGCCCGUCAAGCAGAAGUUGAGAAAGAGGAGAUGAAGCGAAUGCGUGAUGUUACAGUAAGACGUUUAGAAGAAGUAGUGAAUGAGUUGCAGAGUCAACGAUAUGAGAAGAAGCGUUUAGAGGAGCUCAAGUCACGGUUGGAAGACAAGUGUCAACGUUUGGAGUCGAUGCAUAUGGCAGGAGAAAGUGAACUUUUGAGAGACGAAUUGAUACAGGAAUUGAGGAAGAAGCUGUAUUGCUCAGUAUAUACCAAUUUACCCAAAGAUUGUGUUUUGUUGCGUUGCGGUCAUUUAUUUAGUCGCCAGUGUAUAACAGAUUUAAUCACUCAACGAAACAGAAAAUGUCCAGUUUGUGGAGAUCGCUUUGGAACGGAAGAUUAUCGUCCCGUCUACUUUUAGGAAUUUCCAAAUCAUUCAAUAAAAAGGUUAUUGUUACGCACAAAGCCAUUGUGGAU